UCUCCGUACAGUCGUCACGAGAUCGCUUAUGAUUGUUAGUCAUGGGGAAGAAGUGUUCGCAGUAGUUUUACAGUUAGCAGGUUUGAUGUAUAUUUACUUGUCAAAGUAGACAUGGCCAACAUCGCGAAGAAAGUGUCAUGGUCUAGCCGAGGCGAUGAUCGCGGAGAGAGAACGCCUCUGCUUAACGGAGCCGAGGACGUGAAAUACAACAGACAGUUAUCCGCGGGAGGUUUAUUUCAUAUAGGCAGGCUGAGCACUGUGGACCUUGAGGAGGAAAUCACACCCGAAGAGGACAUUUUGAGAAGUCGACUGAAGGAAAUCCCUCAUAAUGAAAAGCUGCUGUCCCUCAAAUUUGAGAGUCUUGAUUACGAUAACAGCGAGAAUCAGUUGUUUCUGGAGGAAGAGAGGCGGAUGAGUCACAUGGGUUUCGGAUGUCUGGAGAUCAGGCGAUGGGUGAUCUGCGGUCUGAUUGGGUUUCUCACUGGUCUCAUCGCAUGCAUGAUAGACAUCGCUGUGGAGAAAUUAGCUGGUUAUAAGUACUCUGUAGUCAAACAAAACAUUGUGAAAUUCACAGAGCUUGGAGGCCUGUCCAUCUCUCUAAUACUGUGGGCAGUGCUGAACUCUGCUUUCGUGAUGGUCGGAGCUAUCGCUGUUGCUUUUUUUGAGCCCAUUGCAGCAGGAAGUGGAAUCCCUCAAAUAAAAUGUUACCUGAAUGGAGUGAAGAUCCCUCGUGUUGUUCGACUAAAGACUCUGGCGAUAAAGGUCUUUGGUGUGAUCUGCUCAGUUGCUGGAGGUCUCGCUGUUGGAAAGGAAGGACCCAUGAUUCACUCGGGAGCAGUGGUGGCUGCAGGAGUAUCUCAAGGCAGAAGCACUUCACUGAAAAAAGAUUUUAAGAUAUUUGAGUAUUUCCGCAGGGACACAGAGAAGAGAGACUUUGUCUCGGCAGGAGCAGCGGCUGGAGUCUCCGCUGCCUUUGGAGCCCCUGUUGGUGGGGUUCUGUUCAGUUUAGAGGAAGGCGCGUCUUUCUGGAACCAGCUGUUGACGUGGAGAAUUUUCUUUGCAUCAAUGGUCUCCUCCUUCACACUGAACUUUUUCCUGAGUAUUUACCAUGGGAAGCCUGGAGAACUGUCUAGCCCCGGUCUCAUUAACUUUGGUCGUUUUGACAGUGAUACAGUACAGUAUAAUUUAUAUGAAAUUCCUCUCUUCAUUAUCAUGGGAGCUUUAGGAGGGGUGCUUGGAGCAUUGUUCAAUGUCAUCAAUUAUUGGCUAACAAUUUUCAGAAUAAGGUACAUCCACCGGCCGUGCCUGCAGGUGAUGGAGGCUAUGCUGGUUGCCGCGGUGACCGCUACAGUUUCCUUUGCUAUGAUCUAUUUCUCCAAUGACUGCCAGCCGUUGGGACAGGACAACACUGAAGAAUAUCCCCUACAGCUGUUCUGUGCUGAUGGUGAAUAUAAUUCCAUGGCCACCGCCUUCUUCAACACCCCUGAGCGGAGUGUGAGGAGUCUGUUCCACAACCCUCCAGGAUCUUACAACCCCUUGACUUUGGGGGUUUUCACUCUGGCCUAUUUCUUCCUGGCUGUCUGGACGUAUGGUCUGACCGUGUCGGCUGGAGUGUUCAUCCCGUCUCUGCUCAUUGGAGCAGCCUGGGGACGACUAUUUGGGAUCCUUCUGUCUACCAUUACUUCCAGCCAAUCAAUUUGGGCGGAUCCUGGGAAAUAUGCUCUAAUAGGUGCUGCGGCCCAGCUUGGAGGCAUUGUCAGAAUGACCCUCAGUCUCACCGUAAUCCUGGUAGAAGCCACCGGGAACGUGACCUAUGGCUUUCCCAUCAUGCUUGUACUGAUGACUGCCAAGAUUGUGGGGGAUUACUUUAUAGAGGGCCUGUAUGACAUCCAUAUUAAGCUUCAGAGUGUUCCUUUCCUCCAUUGGGAUGCUCCUCCUACUUCUCAUUGGCUGACGGCCAGAGAGGUCAUGAGCUCUCCAGUCACCUGCUUCAACAGAGUGGACAAAGUCGGGAGAAUUGUGGACGUCCUUAGCAACACAUCCACCAAUCACAACGGCUUCCCAGUGGUGGCUCAUGCUACUGAGAACGACGAGCCAGGAAAAAUCUGUGGACUUAUUCUUCGCUCUCAGCUGAUUGUUCUUCUCAAACAUAAGGUGUUUGUGGAAAGGGCGUCUUCGGGUCUCAGCCAAAGGAAGUUACAGCUGAAGGACUUCAGAGAUGCAUAUCCUCGUUUCCCCCCGAUCCAGUCCAUCCACGUCUCUCAGGACGAGAGGGAGUGCAUGAUGGACCUCACAGAGUUCAUGAACCCGACCCCAUACACUGUGCCUCAGGAGACUUCACUCCCCCGUGUGUUUAAAUUGUUUCGGGCGCUAGGACUGAGACAUCUGGUGGUGGUUGAUAAUGAAAACAGGGUUGUGGGACUGGUAACCAGGAAGGAUCUCGCCCGCUAUCAUUUGGGUAAAGAUGGUCUGGAGGAGCUUCAGCUGGCUCAGACAUGAUUGGUCAUCAUGUUCACCCUGGACCCUGCCUUCAGAGCACCAGCUUUGGACUUUUAAAAACUCAGGGGCUGGUCAGAGUCUCUCGUGUCAAAGAUGCCAAACACAAACCUGCAACAUGCACAAUUUGUCUGAAGUUCAGUAUUUUAAGGGCUUGAUAUUUGAAAAAAAUACAUUAUUGCUCCUUUAUCACACAGUUAGUUAUGCGUUUAUUUUUGCCUGUAGAAAAAGAGUGGAUGAGCACAUUAUGGUAGUUUUGCACUAUGUGACUGUUUAUUUAUUACAAUUAUAAUAUUUUAGAGUAGAUGAGCUUUUCUGGAGCCCUCACUUUUUGUGCCUCUCCAAAAGCACCAUUUUGUGUCACCUUACAUGUUUAUCAUGGCUAGUUAUCAUUUGAGAUGUGUACGUCCCUGUGUAUUGCCAUGCCAAUGAUAAUGGAUAUUGACAUAACAGUGUGUCAGUAUGCAUUUUUUAUUUUUCAUUUUCAGCAAGGCUGUGGUUUUGAAUACUUACUUGCUAAUGCUUAACAGAUUCAGGUGUUGUUAGCUCAAAGUAAGCUAUUCGUUAUAAAUAUGCAGGACAAUUCAAGCAAGUUUCCUGAUAUGGAAUAAUAUAGAUUCUUCUAAUCCCCAUUCGUAGCUUUAAGAAACCUGUUGGUGAUGUUUACUACUACAUAUUAUAUUGUUACAGAUAUGCAAAUAUGGUUAAUUACAUUUUUGUUUACCCAGUGCUGUUUAGGAUUUUUAAAUGUUUCUGUCUUGAUUUAUCAAUUUAAUUGGUAUUAAAUCUGUUAGGGUGGAUCAGGCCCUAAAAUUAAAUGCAUAAAUCCUAUUUUUCACAAGCCUCUUGGCACUGGCAAGUUUUGGUACGAGUUUAAAACUAUAGCUAGAGGUUUUAUGUAGUACAUUUCGUGAGGGUAGUUCUUGUCUACACAAUGUGAAUUUUCUGCCUCGAGCUGCAUUUGUUUUCUGUGAAAAUCUGUACUUUAAAAUGAACAUAUAAAUUACAGUAUUGAGCAGUGAAAGAUGAUUAUGCUAAAAUAAUUGCCAAGCGGUGAUUGCAACAAACGUUAUUUAACUGAACACGACAUCCUGUUUUGUUCGUGUGCUAUAAAGUUUGACUCAUGCUUCAUUGUUCAAAGCCAACAUUAUUUGUUUUUAUUGAUUAAUGAUCUUUCUCUUUGCUGAUCUCUACUUUUUAUAUGGUUGUUGAUUUGAAGUAAAAAAGAGGAGUUUUAUAACCGUUUGAACAACUUUGUGAACUAAUAAAGCUAUGAAUCAACAAAUGAA